AUGGGGCGGCGGUCCCCCGCGCUCCGGCCGCUGCUGCUGCUGCUGCUGCCGCCGCUGCUGCCCCGGGCGCUGCGCGGGGAGCCCUGCCCCGAGCCCUGCAGCUGCCCGCCCGACGGCGCCCUGCGCUGCCCCGGCCCGCGGGCCGGCCUCAGCCGACUAUCACUCACCUAUCUCCCUAUCAAAGUAAUCCCAUCUCAAGCUUUCAGAGGACUUAAUGAGGUCAUAAAAAUUGAAAUCUCUCAGAGUGAUUCCCUGGAAAAGAUAGAAGCUAAUGCCUUUGACAAUCUCCUCAAUUUGUCUGAAAUACUGAUCCAGAACACUAAAAAUCUGGUGUACAUUGAGCCUGGAGCAUUUACAAAUCUCCCCCGGUUAAAAUACCUGAGCAUCUGUAACACAGGCAUCCGAAAGCUUCCAGAUGUUACGAAGAUCUUCUCCUCUGAAUUUAAUUUCAUUCUGGAAAUUUGUGAUAACUUACACAUAACCACCGUACCAGGAAAUGCUUUUCAAGGGAUGAAUAAUGAAUCCAUAACACUAAAACUAUAUGGAAAUGGAUUUGAAGAAAUACAAAGUCAUGCAUUCAAUGGGACAACGCUGAUUUCCCUGGAGCUAAAGGAAAACGCGCACCUGGAGAAGAUACACAAUGGCGCCUUCCGGGGGGCCACAGGGCCUAGCAUCUUGGAUAUUUCUUCCACUAAACUGCAGGCCCUGCCUAGCUAUGGGCUGGAGUCCAUUCAGACACUAAUUGCCACAUCAUCCUAUUCUCUGAAAAAACUGCCAUCAAGAGAAAAAUUUACCAAUCUCCUGGAUGCCACAUUGACUUACCCCAGCCACUGCUGUGCUUUUAGAAACUUGCCAACAAAAGAGCAGAAUUUUUCAUUUUCCAUUUUUAAAAACUUUUCCAAACAAUGUGAAAGCACAGCAAGGAGACCAAAUAAUGAAACACUUUAUUCUGCCAUCUUUGCCGAGAGUGAACUGAGUGGCUGGGAUUAUGACUAUGGUUUCUGCUUACCCAAGACACUCCAAUGUGCUCCUGAACCAGAUGCUUUUAAUCCCUGUGAAGAUAUUAUGGGCUAUGACUUCCUUAGAGUACUGAUUUGGCUGAUUAAUAUUUUAGCCAUCACGGGAAACGUGACUGUCCUCUUGGUUCUCCUGACCAGUCGUUAUAAACUGACAGUGCCCCGCUUUCUCAUGUGCAACCUCUCCUUCGCAGACUUCUGCAUGGGGCUCUACCUGCUACUCAUUGCCUCAGUUGAUGCCCAAACCAAAGGCCAGUAUUAUAACCAUGCCAUAGAUUGGCAGACAGGGAGUGGAUGUAGCGCUGCUGGCUUCUUCACUGUAUUUGCAAGUGAACUUUCUGUCUACACCCUCACAGUCAUCACACUAGAAAGAUGGCACACCAUCACCUAUGCUAUUCAGCUGGACCAAAAGCUGCGAUUAAAACAUGCCAUUCCGAUUAUGCUUGGAGGAUGGCUCUUUUCUACUCUAAUCGCCAUGUUGCCUCUUGUGGGUGUCAGCAAUUACAUGAAGGUCAGCAUUUGCCUCCCCAUGGAUGUGGAAACCACUCUCUCACAGGUCUACAUAUUAACCAUCCUGAUGCUCAAUGUGGUGGCCUUCAUCAUCAUUUGUGCUUGCUACAUUAAAAUUUAUUUUGCAGUUCAAAAUCCAGAGCUGAUGGCUACUAACAAAGAUACAAAGAUUGCUAAGAAAAUGGCAGUCCUCAUCUUCACCGAUUUCACCUGCAUGGCACCAAUCUCUUUCUUUGCCAUCUCAGCUGCCUUCAAAGUGCCCCUUAUUACAGUAACCAACUCUAAGGUUUUACUGGUUCUUUUUUAUCCUGUCAAUUCGUGUGCCAAUCCGUUUCUGUAUGCAAUUUUCACAAAGGCAUUCCGAAGGGAUUUCUUUCUGUUGCUGAGCAAAUUUGGCUGCUGUAAAUAUCGAGCUGAACUUUAUAGGAGGAAGGAUUUUUCAGCUUAUACCUCCAACUGCAAAAAUGGCUUCACUGGAUCAAAUAAGCCUUCCCAGUCUACCUUGAAGGUGACCACAUUACAAUGUCAAUAUUCAGCUGUCCUGGACAAGACUUGCUGUAAGGAGUGUUAA